AUGGGACGUGGCAGGGAUUCAAAGAGAGCUCGAAUGACUCCGCCAAUGAUGCAAGGGUGGAAUCCUAUGAUGGCAGGAGGACCUAUGAUGGGUGGAUGGAAUCCGAUGAUGGCGGCCAUGAUGGGUUCGAUGAACCCAAUGAUGAUGGGUGGCAACCAACAUGUUGACGAUGGUUCAUCAUCGGAUGAGGGGGCGGCAUCACAGGCAAAGGCUGCGCCAGUCCAAUCUCCAAUGACUUGUCCACCAAUCAGUUCUUCAUCAGCAGGUGCGGACCCGUUCCAAGAUGCUGCAGCUGUGGCUAUCCACAACUUGAAGGAGCGGAGAAGUGCUCUCUACCAAACGAGUGCGGACAAGAUCAUCACUCGCAUGUGGACCUGCACUUUGCAUGCAACCCUGCAGAAGCACCUUUCAGAGUGUAUCGAAGCACUGGAUGAGCAUCUUGAUCCCACGGCAACAUCCAGUUUGAGCCUGCUAUCACUUUGCCGCUUGAUCUGGCUGCUCACAAGACAGAAACCAUCUGUGUGUAUCAGCCGUCUGAGGGUAUCCAGCUACGGUGAACUCUACACGAGGUUGUGCCAGCGUCAUCAAUUGAUCCUGCAGAAUUCCUCUGAGAUGCAACAGGCCAUGGCAGCUAUUCGGCAGGAACCGCUUCUCACAGAUGCUUUUGUCCAGGCAAUAUCUGAGGCCCAAGGAUGGUGUGACCACUGGAUGACAGAGGUUGAACCAAAAGCCAGAGGGCGAGGGGCCAAAGCGGUCUCUGCAGACCUCCAGGCUGCUUUGGCGGGAAACCGCCUCAUCCCUGACAUGCUCAAAGCAGCCGGACCUGCGCCAGCGGGACAGGUGCCUGCUGCUGGUCGGAUUGGAAUGCCUCUGCCUCCACCUCCCAAUCCCAAUGCCAGAGUGCCUGUGGCUGCUAUCGUUCCGGAUGCAAAGGCACCACCACCUCGCCCACCUACUCUUCCUGCUGUGAUGGGUGUAUUGGGUCAGGCUGCCAUGCCCUUGGAUGAAGGCAACGAGGUGAAUGGGAAUGAUGGCAAUGAUGGCAAUGCAGUUCCUCAGGCCAGUGAGAUUGGCGGCAAUAGCUCUGAUGAGCCUGCUGCUCCGCCUAACCUCAUCGCAGAUGCUGGUGGUGCUCAUGAUCAUGGAGAUGAAGAGCCACUUUGUGCAAUCUGUCAACAAUCGCUGAGGCCACAAUCGGAGGAGGUACAAAUGCUGGAAUGUGGACACGUGUGGCAUUCAGCUUGCUUGGAGGACGCCUGGAAUGUGGGUGGACAUCAAAGGGGGUGGUGCCCCUUCAAGUGCAAUGUGAAUGUGGCAGCUCAAGCGAAUGGUCCUGGGCAAGGGCAGCAAGGCAAUGCAGCAGCAGCAGCAGCACCGCCAAUGUUGGCACCAAUGAUCCUUUGA